UUUAUAUCAUUUAAUUAAACUAUUUUUAUAGAUAUUCAUAUUUUAUUUAGUGCAAAUUAUAUAUAUGUAUCAUUUUCAUAUUAAAAAUACAUAAAUAUGCUAAUUUUGAAUUUUCACUGAAUAAUUAUUGAGAUUUUUUUAUUUUAAUUUUGAAAUUUGCAUCUAAAAUAUCACAUCGAAAAUUUUAGGAUUAAUGGUUUAAAUAUUUUGUUACAUCAGAUAUACAAAUGUUAAUAGAACCAUAUGAGUAGGAAGUUUCAAUAAUAAAUAUUUAUAUUAAAAUAUACUAUAUAUUUAUGUCAAUAUCAUUAAAAUUUAAUUAUAUACCAUAUAAAUAAAAUAAAAUGAUUAUUUUGAUAUAUUAACCAUAAAAAUAUUGUAAAUAAACAAGAGGUAUAUUUUGAUUUAUGUUAUUACUCUAGUCUCCUAUAUAUUAAUUGAGAAAGAAAUGAUUGCUCUAGCAAGUGUGAGAUUUUAUUAAUUAAUAUUGUUAGAAAAUUUUAUAAGAGAUCGAUACAACGAAGGUUUAUUUAGAAGCUAUUGAAAUCACCUAGCGAGAAUAUGGAUUGCACAACAAAAUUUCUUUCCUAACCCCAACCCCCUUUCUAUUCAUACAACACCGGCAUAGCGUAUAUGGAAAUAUCGAUUAAUAAUCUGAAAUGAUAACGUCUUUUAAGUUCAGUCUGUUGUUUUCCUUAAAUGGGACUAGAACAUGUUUUAAUGAUGAACUAAAUGAGCCACGUACAUAGUAAAAUGUGUUUUGGUUUAAAAAUGGUUGCAUAUCCAAAAUCAAUAUGAACCAUCAUCAUUUUCGUUUAAAAUUUUGUUACAAUAAAAAUAUAGGAUUAGGCUAAAAAUCCAAAUCCAAAAAACUGAAGCAAACCCGAUCCAAAGAAUAGUAUUGAACUUUAACCAAAACUGGUUAGAUAUCUGAAUGGGUUCAAAAUUUUGGUAUCUAGAGAACCGGAACCGAAUCGAAAUAUUUUGGGUAUCCAAAUAUGUCCGAACCAGAUUUAUAUACUUAAAUACAUUAAUUAUUUUUGAAUUUAAUAUGUAAAAGAAUAUAUAAAAUAUAUAAGAUAUUUUUAAGUUGUCCAAAAUACUCGAAAAUAUAUACAAAUAAUUAUAAGUACAUGUUUAAAAUACCUUAAUGGUAUUUAAAAUACCUAAACUACUUAAAUAUCUAUUGAUUUUCUAUCCAAAUAUUUAACUAAACUAAUUUUUAUUUUAAGUUUAAGUAUUUUGGCAUACAUUAUUCAAAUUUAUAUGUUAUAUAUUAUUUUUAUAUUUUGAAAAAUUAAAAGUAUAUAUGAACUUUAAUUUUUGAAAAAAUAAAUAAAUAGAUUAUCUGAACCAAAACCUGAACCAAAUCUGCAAAAAUCCAAACAGAACUAAACCGCAAAGACCCGAACCCAAUGAUAUUUGAAUGCCCACUUCUAAUCAAAUGUAAAAAAUGUUAUUGAUAAUAAAAUGUAUAUUGUUUAUAUAUUUUAAAUACAAAUAUAUUUCAAAAAAUGUUAUCAUCUAGUAUUACUAUUGGAAUACGAUCACUUUUCGUAAUUUUGUUUUUUUUUCUUAAGCAAUCCAAUUGUAUAAUUACUGUAUUGUUUUAUAUCUCAAUCUAGUAAAAAUCAAGUUUUUUUUGCCAAUAGAACAGUAAACUACUUUAUAAAAUUAGUCAAUCCGUCCACGAUGAUCUAAAUGAAUUUAAAUUCAAUUCAGUGUAUGUUUAAUAUACUUUCGGAUCACUAAACAGUAAACACUCACAUUAACUUUCCAAAUUUCGAUUUGUUUUAGUGCAUUAAUAUAAUAAAUGUAAACAGUAACUCGAUACUAUAACAUAAAUGAUUAUAUCUUAGAGCAUCUCCAAUGUAUUCUCCCAUUUUUUACUCCAAAAUGGUGCAACACCAAAAUGGAGUAAGGUUUUACUCCAAUGUAUUACUCCAUUUUCUACUCCAAAAAUAAUAUUUCUUAAAUGAUUUCAUUUUUAUUUUAUUAAUAAUUGCAAAUAAAAUCUUAUCUUAUAAAAAUUUACCAAUUAACCCCAACUAUUUUAUGUUUACGAUAAAUAAUUAAAAUAUAAAUUAUUUGAAUUAAAUAUUUAUUAUUAAAAAGUACAAGAAAUCAUUAAAAAAGAUAACAUAUAUGUGGAUUCAAGAAUGAGCAUUAAAAUAUUUUUUCCACAAAUGAUCAACUAAUGCAUUUCGUAAAGAAAAAUGAGUUUCUUUAUCUUUGAUAUUCCUAAAUCGAGCAAGAAAUUUGUGAAAUCGGACAUUUUCAUCUUCUGCAAUUUCGAUACCCGGAGGUGGAGUUUCUCUUCCAAGUUCAAUUGGUGCAUCGAGUUCACGCUCAUCCAUACAAGAUCCAAAUGUUCGUACAUAUAUUCAAGCUCAACAAAUACAAAUAAUAUCAAAGCGAAAUGUUGAAUCACAAGAUCAACAAGCUCUUUUUCAGACUUCUCCGUUUGGGCAAUAUUUCACCGACCUUAGUGGAUCCGGAAUAGAUUUUUCAGAUUAUUAAAUUACUUAUUUUAUAUUAUUUUUAUUUUUAUUUUAAUUAUUUAUGUUUUCUGUUAUUUUAUGUAUUUAUUUAAAAUUAUUAAAUAACCCUUUGUAGAAUAUACUAUUUUCAUGUUAUUGUAUCAUUUUAAAUAUUACUUAAGUAAGAAAUAAAAACAUUAAAGAUUCAAAGGACUAUUUUAUAAAUAAAAAAAGUUCAACUCUAAAAUGAAGUAAUGGGUAAGAUUACUCCAUAAAUAGAGUAAUCCUAGCCAUUACUCCAUUUUGGAGUUGAAAAUGGAGUGGGGUUAGAGAAGAUUUUAUUCCAUAAUGAUGUUUGGAGUUGAAAAUGGAGUAGGGUUGGAGAUGCUCUUAAACUUUAAUGAAAUUAUGAAAAGAUAUACUGAUUGAUUGUUAAUGAGGAAAUUGGAAAAACUAAGAAAGAACAAAGAUCUCUUGAUCACGCGUGUGGGCAUGUGCGUGCGUAAGCGUAAGCAAUAAUAGAUCAUUCCAAACUCCUCAGUGACUAUUCUACCCUUCAAAUAAUAAUAUUCAGUCUAUAUUUUUAAAUUAAUAUAGAAACAAUUAUUUGAUUUUUAAAACCUUGGAGAAAUCUGAAGCAAAGUUGAGGAGAGCACCCACACACUCUUCUUAUUCAUUGGGGGCUGCAUGCCUACUGCUAUGCUCUCUUCUUUUUUAACUCAUCUGAUGAAUUCCUUAGUAAGCUUUUAAAUCAAUGACAGUUAAAACAAUAAUAACUAUAAUAAAUCAAAUUUUAAAGCAAACAAGAGCGAAGUAUCGAUUAUUUUAAGAGAGAAGAGUGGGUCCAAAGCCAAGAAAUGAAUUGAACUCUCAAUCUUUUGGGCAGUCUUUGAGUUUGUGUGGAUCUCAAUUUUAAAAGGAAAGCCACUGACUGCUACUUGAGGGGGGCUGUAUGAGAAAGAUUGAUCAAUGUUAAAGUUUUCUUCAUACAUACUUAAAUCCCUUAUCUUACAUUUAAAUUAAAAUCAUGAUUUCAGAGCUAUAAAUAUCCAAAGUUAAUAGAAAUGUAAGUUUGCAAAAAAGGUUGUUUGUCAACAGAUUAUUUUUGUAUCGGAAUUAAAUACUUCUAUUAUAUAAUAACGGAGAAUUUAUUAAAAUUCAUAAAUACAAAAUAAAAAGAAAUACUAGUAGAGGGGUAAUAAUGCGAGGGCAUUGGGUACAUACAAAGGUACAAGAAACUCAAAUUGAGGCAAAGGAAGAGAGAAACGUGGGUCCCAUAUCCUAUGGUUGACGACCAAACCCAUUUACAUGUCCGCCACGUGGAUGAUUGCGAAUGCAUGAUCUCAGCAUGAAGUGUCAUGAUAACUCCUCCUCGACCUCGAAAAAUCCUCCCAAUGUUUUUCUUUUCAGUACUAUUACAAAGACAUUAGUGAAAUAUUAGCAACUGUUUUGGUUUGUAGCUAACUUUCUAUUUGGCGUAAACUGUGAGCUACAUUAAUAAAUUAGAAAACUGACCGUCAAAACUUUAAACAUAGAGAUAAGUCCAUAAACUGUGAACAGUAUGAUUCAUUUUUGUUGGUUGGUGUUUAAGUGCAUCAUUUGUUAUUUAGUAUGGACUUAGCAUAUUAGAUGAACUGUGACAUCAAAUUAUGCACACAAGUAUUAGCGCAAUCGUUAGUAUACUGUUUUCAAUGACGUCGACUUUUUUUGUAUAGUUAUGUGUUACAUGCCAAAGUAAAACACGAAAACGAUAUACUCAACCAAAAUUUGGAGGGGAAGUAUACACAGUAUAAUUUUUGUUUUACUUAAUUUAAUUUGAUUGUAUAGGUUUUUUCUCAAAAGAAAUGUAAUUCAACGUAAAACCCUUAGAUAAGAAUAUACAGACAGAAAUGAGAAGUGGAUAAGAAUCUUCGUCUUAGUGGCGGAGAAGAAGAAAGCGGAUAACUCUUUUGCUUGGAAGAAUCCUUAUCCUGCACACCUCUCGUUUCCGCCCGCCUCUUUCUUUUCCUUUUUUUAGUCAUUGAAAUGUUAUUAAUGAAAGAAUUUCACAAGUGUAAAUCUUUUGCUCAAUCGCAUUUUCCAUAUUGAAAAUAUUCAGAUAUCUAAACCCGUUACAACUUACAAGGCUCUGCUGCGUUAUGGAAUUGUUAUUUUCUGUUUCUAACUUAUGUAUCCAGUAUCUAUGUGUUGUUACUUGGUUGCAUACUUGCAUAUCAACAAAGAGAGAGUUAUAUUGUUGUAAGACAAUUUCUAGUGAAUCAUUCUUUUUUUUUUUCAAAAUAAAUCAAUUAUAUAAAGGCGUUAAACAAAAAAUAAAUAAAUUAUACUAUUAAUUUAGUAAAUUUGUUUUUACUCUAUUACAAAGUAAAAAAUAAAGUAAAACUGAAGUAUUUUUACUCCAAAUUCUAUUUUAAAGUAAAAAUAGAGUGUUGUAAAUGCUCAAAUUAAUUCAAAAAUUCCUCAGCCUACUCAUCUAUAGUACCCUUAUUAACUAUGGAAAUUAAACACGAAGUUUUGUUUUAGGAAUAACAUUUUUUUUUAAAAUCAAAAGUAGAAAAAAAACUUUUAAGAAGAAAAAAACAGCAGCCAACAUUGUAAGAUCCACUUAAGGCGACGAUUUCUCGGAAAAUAAAGCUUUCAAAUGCCCCUUUGACAUCGAUUACUCCUCUCUUCUUUAGUUCCACUGCACUUGCUUCCAUCUUUACCACGUACCAUCAUUUUCUUUGUUGUUCUUUUAUCAUUUCUUUUUUUAUUACGUAUCUUUAAGAAAAAAAAAACUGAAGGUGUUGUGUGUGCAAGUGGAUUAAAGACGACAUAUAUAUAUAUAUAUAUAUAUAUAAAAUACGACUUCCUAAUUCCACCUUUUUGUAUCUCCUAUAUAUACCUCAAUUUCUUUCACACACUUCCUCUGGUUCCACAUCAUCUUCUCUACAUACCUAUUCUCUUCAUAUUCUCUUCAUAUAUGUACACACACGCAACCACAUAUAUGUUUAUGUACAUGUGAAGUAGUACUGAGAUCAACAUCGUUAUCAAUGAAUUUACCACCUGGAUUCAGGUUUUUCCCAACGGACGAAGAACUCGUCGUCCACUUUCUCCAGCGCAAAGCCUCACUCUUGCCUUGUCAUCCUGACGUCAUCCCCGACCUCGAUCUUUACCUUUACGAUCCUUGGGACCUUCCCGGUAAAGCUUUGGGAGAAGGGAGGCAAUGGUACUUCUAUAGUAGAAAGACGCAACAAAGAGUGACAAGCAAUGGGUAUUGGGGAUCAAUGGAAAUAGACGAGCCAAUCUUCACAAGCUCCACACACAAGAAAGUUGGCAUCAAAAAGUAUUUUACUUUCUAUCUUGGAAAUUCUAAAACUAACUGGAUCAUGCAAGAAUAUUCCCUCCCAGAUUCUUCUUCUUCCUCUAAGAGAUCUUCUAAGAGAUCAGGCCGUGGUUCUACUAGUUCUAGUCACAAAACCGAUUAUAGCAAGUGGGUGAUAUGCAGAGUGUAUGAACAAAAUUGCAGUGAGGAAGAGGAUGAUGAUGGGACAGAACUCUCAUGUUUGGAUGAAGUGUUUUUGUCUUUAGAUGAUCUUGACGAAGUAAGCUUACCGUGAUAAAGACAAAAGCACCCAAAAAGAAAAGGUUUAGUGGGUAAUUAUUUAUAAAACAUUUCUGUACCAAGAAGAAAAUGGAAAAGGAGAAUGAGAAUGACAUCAUUCUUACAAGUUAUAUGUUGUACGAUUAGCAAUCCCCAAUUUGCAAGCAAGAAGCAAAAAACAAAGGAAGAAGUUAUAGUCUUGUUGUAUUUUAUUAUAUUUUUCUAAUUCAAUAUAUCUUUUUAAUACUAAAUUGGCUAUGCUGUCUUAUAUGUGGUAGAAAUGUGCAAAUAGUAUAUGUGCAAAAAAUAUAUUGCAAAGAAAAGAAUU